AGUCAUCUGGCACGACAGCGGGCUCCGAGUCAUCUGGCACGACAGCGGGCACCGAGUCAUCUGGCACGACAGCGGGCACCGAGUCAUCUGGCACGACAGCGAGCUCCAAGGCAUCUGGCAGAACCGCGGGCACCGGGUCACCAAGCUCGACAGCGGGCACCGAGUCAUCUGGCACGACAGCGGGCACCGAGUCAUCUGGCAAGACAGCGGGCACCGAGUCAUCUGGCAAGACAGUGGACACCAGGUCAUCUGGCAGGACAGCGGGCACCAGGUCAUCUGGCUCGACAGCGGGCAUCGGCUCAUCAGGUUAUCUGGCUCGACAGCAGGCAUCGGGUCAUCAGGCAUCAGGUCAUCUGGCUUGACAGCGGGCACCGAGUCAACUGGCACGACAGCGGGCACUGGGUCAUCUGGCAUCGGAUCAUCUGGCUUGACAGCGGGCACCAGGUCAUCUGGCAGGACAGCGGGCACUGGGUCAUCAGGCAUCCGAUCGUCCGGCACGACAGCGGGCACACCAGGUCAUCUGGCAGGAUAGCGGGCUCCAGGUCAUCUGGCAUCAGGUCUUCUGGCUCGACAGCGGGCACCGAGUCAUCUGGCACUGGGUCAUCAGGC